AUCAUUGUUUUCAUAUCAAUUCCAUUGUGAACACCAGUAGCACAAUACAGUUUAAGGAAUAAACCUGGUUUUAUAAUUAAUUAAACUAAAAAAUAUUUGUUAAAAAUGGCUUUUCGUUUUACAUCCUUUUUGGCCGUAGGCUGUUUAUUGCUGGCCGCUUCUGCUCCCCUCAAUGCUGCCGCCAUUGAUAACUCUGUGGCCGAGCCACGCAUUCACACCUCCGACGAACUCAUCUCGAAUAUUGUGGAUAAUUGUUUCAAUAGCAAUGCCAUGCAUUGCUUGAAGGAGAAGGUAUUGACCUAUUUGGAUACUGUUACCGGUGUUGAAGAAGAUGUUAGCGGCCGUGCCUUCAAUGAUGAUGUUAUCGACAAAGUUAUUACCGAUCGUGUUGCCCGCAUCUUGAACACCAAUGAAAUCCGUGUAACAUUGCCCGAAACUGUAUUCGCCAACUCCGUAUUGUCCUACCGUGCUGAUCGUGGUUUCGAUUUGGAAAUUCCCCAAUCUGAAGCCCGUGGUGAUAAGAAGAAGGACAAACUCUUCUUGCCCUUGUUGUUGCUCAUGAAACUCAAAUUGAAGGUUGUUAUGCCCAUCUUAAUGUCUUUGAUUGGACUUAAAGCUUUCAAGGCUUUGAUCUUGUCUAAAAUCGCUAUUAAAUUGGUUUUGGGUUUCCUCAUCUACAAUUUGAUCCAAAAAUUGGGCGGUAUGAAAAUGACCAUGAUGCCAAUGAUGCCACCCAUGCCCGCUGCUGAAUACGGUGUACCCAGCUCUACUGCCUCCUCUUACGAUCCCAGCAGCUGGGAACCCAUGAGCGGCGGUCCUUAUGCCCGUUCUGAUGCCCAAUACAUGGCCUACAGUUCUUAUCAUCCCAGCAGCAGCUCUUCCUACUCUGGCUCCAGCAGCACUGGUUCUUCCGGCAGCUACAGCAGCUCCUCUUAAAUAUCCUCCUCCCUCUAUCAUCACCUACCCUACAACAUAUCAAGUGGGAAAGCGAAGGUUAGAGUUUUAUCGUAAAUCUCUAUCCAGCUUUCUUUUCUUUUAGUUUAAUCACUAAGUGGUUGAAAAGAAAACACUUUGUGCCCUUACGAUAGUUAAACAAACCAGGACAAUUCUAGAAACCAAAACGUGCUCAGCAAGGACAUUCAAAAUUCUGAGAAAAAAGUAGUAACAUUUAAAUGCUUAUUUAUUUUUUUCAUUAGUUGUUAAAAAAAAAGAAAAAAUUAAUUUAAUUAUUUAUAUAUUUUCACCUCAAAUCUCUUUGAAAAGGAGAGGCCAUACAAGUCAUUAUUUUCAGUUUUUCUAGUCUACCCCUUUACCAAAAUCCUUUCUUUUAUUCUCUUCUAUACUAUUCUAUCUUUUUUCUAUCUAUUUCUUUCUCUUUUUAUUUCUAUCUCUAAGACUAUCUUUCUGUAUUCUAUUCUUUACGAUUUCCUUUUUCUAAUUUUAUUUCAUCGCGACCAAAUGACAUCCCAAAAACCAAAAAAAAAA